AUGUCCUUUACGAAUGCGCCGGUGACGCGUAGUCUUGUCUACGGACUUAUUGGAAUAUCAAUAGGCGUCAGCCUACUUGAUAUCAAGCACUACUUCUAUAUCCUAGUCGACUUACACCUUUGGCAGUUUCACCAGAUAUGGAGGGCUCUCAUUUAUCAGCUCUGCUACACCAAUUCGACCGAGGUACUAUUUGCUGCCAUGACUCUAUACAACAUGAGAGCAGUUGAGAGGAUGUGGGGAUCUAGGAAAUUUGCUACAUUCAUUUUCGUCACAUCAUUAUUCACGAGCUGGUUGGCCCCCGCAGUUUUGGCUCUCUUUCUAAGACCACUUACGCUAGGGCUUUUCAACUACCUCCCUGCCGGGCCUACACCUAUAAUAUUUGCAGUCUUAGCCCAGUACCAUGCGAUGAUCCCGCCGAUAUAUAAAUAUAAGAUAGCAACAUCAGCAUCCACUUCAACAGACGAUCAGGCACAAGGCAUUACGUUCUCUGACAAAUCAUAUCGAUAUCUCCUCGCAUUUCAACUAGCUCUCUUUCAGUGGCCUGGAUCUCUCCUCGGCGCGUUGGUUGGAUGGAUGUUGGGCCUCACGUGGAGAAUGGAAGUUUUACCACGAUCACUAAUACGAUGGCGAUUACCUGGCUGGGUCGUAGGGAUGCGAACACAGAGAAGGAGUCAGGAGUUCGAAGGGUUGCGUAGGAGACUCGAGGGUGAAAACGGAUCUACAGCCGCGACAAGCGGCGCACAGGGCCAAGCGGAUGCCGAAGGCGGAAGACGCAGGACCAUGGGUCAACAAGUUAUAGACCAAUUCCAAGGCGCAUUUUAG